AUGUUGACAGUUAAAAUUUGGCUGCUAAAUAUAAUCUACGCAACCUUGGACAAUAUCCCACCGUUUCUAUGGAACCUAUUGCAUGUAAUUACCGAUAUUUAUUCAUUUUGGUUCCAUAAGUUAAUUACCUAUUUGAGACCCCACUCAAGGGUGAUUUACUACGAGGCAAUAAAAGAUUUAGAUUCAGAAACUUCGUACAAACGAUGGCUAUCGACUGCUUCAACGGUAGAUGAAAUCACAGGUGCAAAUCUUUGGAGACGAAAUUUCUUCUCAAGACGUUACGAUUUCAAUUCUGUAAUGGAACAAUACUCCAUUCUAAUUAAAUGUAUGGAAUUACAAGAUUUUGAUACCAUUAGAGAAAAAUUCUCCACUACGGGACCGUGUAUGUUAAGGAAUUUUGCAGGUAUUGUAGAUAAGAAACUCUUUACCAAGUCAUUGAUCGGUACAAAAUUGUUGAUUGAACAGUAUCUUAGAAAAAUUGUCGAAAGCUUAGAACUUCUGUCACAAUCAGACACAACAUCAACGUCAUUUUUCCAAAGAUGCAAACUUUCACUAGGUACUACGGCUUUAAUCUUACAAGGUGGCUCUCUUUUCGGAUUAUUCCAUCUUGGUGUCAUCAAGGGUCUUUUGUCACAAAAUUUAAUGCCAAAUAUUAUUAGUGGUUCAUCAAUGGGUGCAUGUAUCGCUGCAUGCUAUGGUUGUUGUAGUAACGAUGAAUUAAUUCAGUUGCUGGACAACGGCUUUCUUCAAAUUAUUAAAAAUGACGUAGAAUUGUUAAAAUCAUGUGGUUACGGAAAUGUCGAACAACAUUUAAAUUUGGGUACUUUAAUUCAAAACUUAAUUCAUCAUGGUUAUUCACAAGAUGUUUAUCUAUUUAUUCAAUUUGUUUUGAAAUAUAUUGUUAAAGAUACCACUUUUGAAGAAGCUUAUCAGACUACAAAGAAAGUUUUCAACGUUGUCAUUCAUCCAACUGACAGUUCAUGCCCAAACCUAUUAAAUUAUGUUACCACACCAAAUGUCCUUAUAAGUUCUGCCAUUAAGUGUAGUUUGGGUUCUGGAGUAUUGUCAAAUGAUACAAUACUACUUUGUAAAAAUUUAGAUAAUAAAGUUGUACCAUUUUUAUCAAAGGAAAAGACAAAGACAAUAAAAUUUUUAGCUCCAGAACAUUCUACUGACACUGCAGUAACAACAUCGUUAUCAAAUAAUUUAAAUUCUCCAUAUACAAGAUUGACUGAAUUAUUCAAUGUCAAUAAUUUUAUUGUCUCAUUAGCAAGACCUUAUUUGGCACCACUGGUUGUCACCGAUCUGAAGCAUGAAAUUAAGACAUCAAAAUAUUAUUAUUACAAACGUUAUCCAGAGACAGAUCAAAAAUAUUAUAUGAACUUACCUGAACUGGGAAUACCACAAUUAAAUUUUACUGAAAUGGAACCAUUGGCAUUCAAAUUUAAAUAUCAUUUAGAAAGAAAAUUGAAAAAUAUCAUUACAAUGGAGUUCCAUCAUAGAAUGCAAGUCUUAGAUAGAUUAGGAUUAUUAAGUUCAUGGAUUAAAAGAUUAACUAUUGACGAAAAAAUACCAAGAAGUGCAAUGGAAAUUUCUAUUGUACCAAAAAUUAAAUCAUUAUCAAUAACAAGAAUUAUAGAAGGUCAAUUAGAUAAUAUUCCCUAUUGGAUAAACUGUGGAGAGAGAAGUACGUGGCCAGUAUUGGCUCUAAUUAAGACAAGAUGUAUUGUCGAAUUUAAAUUAGAUGAAAUCAUUAAAAAUAAAAAUGAAGUCCAAGAAAAUAAUAAUACUUAA